UUCUGCUGCUGUUGUCCUCUUCUCCCAUCCCCCUGGUCGCUACAAUCCCCACGUGUUACCCGUUGUGCAAAAACCCUUCUGUGAACUCUUCCAAUCAUGUUUGGUCCUUUUGGAUAUCUACAUCACGUUAUGCAUAACGAUGCCGUUAUACGUGUUGCAUCUCAGUACUGAUGUGUUCCGUGGCCAGCCUGUCCGUCCUAUUCGCGCCACGCGUGCUCGCACCGACGAAAAUGCCCCCAUCCUGGCGGCGAAACAGAACUUGAUCAAGUCUAAAAAGUCCGCUGUCGGAACUGGGCCAAAGGCUGUCGAAGGCGAUGUCAAGGCUAUCGAAGGCGGUCUUAAGGCUGCCGCUCGUCGUUCGGUCUUCACUGAUGCGCGCAACAAGACUGCCAACAACGUCCCUGGCAAGGAGAAUGGCAAGAUCUUUAUCGGCGAGAAGGAGUACCAGAAAAUCACUGCCGUUACGAGGCCUGCUCAGCGCAACGUCUCGAUCAACCAGGCGGCCCCUCUUCAGCAGGCUGGACCUCGGAGGGUCGCCCCUCGUAAGACGCAGGUGUAUGAGGACAAGAAGCCGAGCCCGAAGAACAACCGCAUCCCCAAGAUGUUCCGCGACGCCGUCACUAAGAGGGACGACCAGUCACAGGUGGCGCCUCGUGCUAGCAACAUGCGCAAUCAAGUUCCCGUCCGGCCUGUUUCUCGUGUCAAGCACCAGGAAAUCAGGGAUGAGCCAGUCUACUCGGACGAGCAGCCUCAUCAGUUCGACGGUGACUACGAGGAUGAUACCGUCGCCGAAGAUGAAGAAAACGGUUCUGAUGCCGAGGGUCAGGUUGUCGACACCAAGGCUCGCUUCAACGCCGACGUUGAGGUUAUUUCGGAGGAUGACGGAAGCGCCGAUGAGGAGGACAACACCGCGGAGUACAGUGUUUCGCACUCCCGCGGUGCCGAAGACUUCACUCGUGCCACCGAGGACGUGACUGGAGUGACUGCCCAGAUCAUCAUGCCGAAGUGGAAUAUGAAGGCGAGAAAGGAGAUCGCCGAGCUCAAUGCUGAGUUUGGAACAAUGAUUGACGAAGACGAACUCGGUGAUAUCUCGAUGGUCGCUGAAUACGGUGAUGAGAUUUUCGAAUACAUGCGUGAGCUGGAGAAAAAAUUGGCUCCCAAUGCCAACUACAUGGACUUCCAGUCCGAGAUCCAGUGGUCGAUGCGCGCCAUCCUCAUGGAUUGGCUCGUUCAGGUCCACUCCCGUUUCAACCUCCUUCCCGAGACGCUGUUCCUCUGCGCCAACUACGUCGACCGCUUCCUGUCGGCCAAGGUUGUUUCGCUUGGAAAGCUCCAGUUGGUAGGUGCUACCGCGCUGUUCGUUGCGGCCAAGUACGAAGAAAUCAACUGCCCAUCGGUUCACGAGGUUGUGUACAUGGUCGACAAGGGAUACACAGCCGAGGAAAUCUUGAAGGCCGAGAGGUUCAUGCUUUCGAUGCUGAACUUCGAGCUCGGAUGGCCGGGACCCAUGAGCUUCCUCAGGAGGGUUAGCAAGGCGGACGACUACGAUCUUGAAACUCGUACGCUCGCAAAGUACUUCCUCGAGAUCACCGUCAUGGACGAGCGUUUUGUCGCUACUCCACCCAGCUUCCUGGCUGCGGGUGCCCACUGUUUGGCGAGACGCAUGUUGAAGAAGGGUGCAUGGACUGCUGCCCAUACUUUCUACUCCGGUUACACUGGUGACCAGUUGCAGCCUUUGAUCUUCACUUUGCUCGAAUGCUGCGAGGACCCGAAAACCCACCACGCCUCCAUCUACAAGAAGUACUCUGACCGCCGCUACAAACGCGCCAGCUUGUUCGUUUCGCAGUGGAUGGCUGGCCCCGACGGUCCAGGCGCCAACUUUUAGACGAGCCCGAGACUGGUCACUAAAAAAAAGCACUGACGCGGUCCACUUACAAUUACAGUACUACUUUCAUUCGUUACCGGGGUUUAAUUUUUUUCUCCCCGUUUGUUUUCCUUGCAUGGCGUUAAUUCCAUGGGCUUCUGCUUUUGGGUUUCCUUGAGUUUUUUCAUAUGGUUCCCUACCACUCCCUUUGAUUUUGCAAUACCUUUUUCUUUUGUCGAGCCCCUCCUU